UAUGUAAUUAUCUUUUGUGGGCAAACUUCCUCCAUCCACAGUGCUGCAGAUAUUUAGAAUCCAUCAUCUCUUUUCUUUCUUUAUUCCAACAAACAUUCCACUCAGGAAGCACUACAAUUGUAAUACAAAUACAUGAAUAGACACUGAACUCCACACUAAGAUUGUUAUCUCUCUUGUGUUGCAGAGAGAUGGUUUCAUCCUCAAUACCUCCUUCAAAGGAAGUCAGUUAUGAGGAAGAGUGGCAGAAAGAGGGUCCUCCUCGUCGUGCCAAAUGGUGGUACUCUACCUUCCACUGUGUCACAGCCAUGGUUGGUGCAGGUGUUCUCAGCUUGCCUUAUGCCAUGGCCUACUUAGGAUGGGGACCAGGAACAGUAGUUCUGAUCUUGUCAUGGUGCAUGACCUUAUACACAAUAUGGCAGAUGAUACAGCUCCAUGAAUGUGUUCCGGGGACUCGUUUCGAUCGCUACUAUGAACUUAGUCGACACGCUUUUGGUCCAAAACUAGGGCCAUGGAUUGUGCUUCCACAGCAACUCAUUGUUCAAGUAGGGUGUGACAUUGUGUACAUGGUCACUGGGGGCAAAUGCCUUAAGAAGUUCAUGGAGAUUGCCUGCACCAAUUGCACUAGAAUUAGACAAUCUUAUUGGAUUUGCAUCUUUGGUUCCCUCCAUUUUCUACUAUCUCAACUUCCCAAUUUCAAUUCUGUUGCUGGAGUUUCCUUAGCUGCUGCAGUCAUGUCCCUAAGUUAUUCUACGAUAUCUUGGGUUGGUUGUUUGAUGCGAAAACCGAUUCCGAAUGUGAGCUAUGCAUACAAGGAUACUAAUCCUGGAGAUUAUAUGUUUCGUGUGUUUAAUGCACUGGGACAGAUCUCAUUUGCCUUUGCAGGCCAUGCUGUUGUUCUUGAGAUUCAGGCCACAAUUCCUUCAACACCUGAAAAACCAUCAAGGAUUCCAAUGUGGAGAGGUGCUGUGUUGGCCUAUUUUAUUACAGCAAUUUGCUAUUUUCCGACGGCGCUUAUAGGUUAUUAUACGUUUGGACAAGAUGUUCAAGAUAAUCUGCUCAUCGCCCUUAGGCAGCCGGAGUGGCUCAUUGCCUCUGCUAAUUUGAUGGUGGUCAUCCAUGUUAUUGGUAGCUACCAGGUCUAUGCCAUGCCAGUGUUCGACAUACUUGAAAAGACAAUAGUGAAACAAUUCGACUUCCCUCCUGGACUUCCACUACGGCUUGUCGUUCGAUCCAUUUAUGUUGCUUUGACUCUAUUUGUUGGUGUAACCUUCCCUUUCUUUGGUGAUCUUCUUGGUUUCUUUGGAGGAUUUGGUUUUGCUCCCACUUCUUUUUUUCUCCCAUGCAUUAUGUGGCUGGCCAUCAAGAAACCCAAGAGAUUCAGUUUUUCAUGGCUAAUGAAUUGGGCCUGCAUAUUUUUGGGUACAUUCAUCAUGUUUGCAUCAACGAUCGGUGGAUUGCGGAACAUAAUCAUUGACUCUUCCACAUAUCAGUUCUACUCAUGAAUAAUUAUAGCGAUGUUGUUUGAAAAUCAAUAUUGGAAAAUUGACUAGACAAGCUUUAUUCAGGCUGAUUAUGCAAAUACAUCUUUCACCUUUUGUAUCAGACAUGCUUUCAGGAAAGUUUGCUUCCAAUUUCAGAUUCAAAAAUGAAAAAGAAAAAGAAAAAUGAUGUAGCAUAAGAUUAGAGGAAGUCUAAAGAGAGAUCCUGUCUUAUGUUGAACUAUCUUAUAUGAAUGAUUUAUACAUAAAAUUAUGAGUUUUCUC